GUUCAGAUACAAGAGGUGCAAAUGCCGAGCUGGCAUGCGAUAGCAAACGCGGUGCAGAGUAUUGAUGAUGUGAAGAUCAAGGACUGCAAAGAGGACGUCGAUACGCUCCUUGUCUUCGCCGGAUUGUUUUCAGCCGUCAUGACAUCUUUCAUUAUCGAAUCCUACACCUUUCUGCAGACAGAUUCGGGUUCUGAGAUCGCCUCCCUUCUACGCCAAAUUGUCGCGGCGAACUACACUAUUUCUGCCAACCAUGUCAACUCGACUGUCCCUAUCCCUGCCACGUUCGCGAGCGAUCCACCGCCGUGGGCCCUACGCAUAAACGAGCUGUGGUUUGCAAGUCUCAUCUGCAGUCUUGCGACAGCGUCAGUUGGAAUGCUCGUCAAGCAGUGGUUGAAAGAAUACGCAGCCUUCGCUCGUGUCUCUCCUCGAGAAAGACUUCAAGUUCGCCAGUUCCGCAACCCCGGCUUGUCGACGUGGAUGGUUCUCGAGAUCGCCGCUGCCCUUCCCAUACUCCUUCAAAUUUCCCUCGGCCUUUUCUUUAUUGGCCUCUGUUUCUUCACUGCCGCGGUUGACCCUCGCCUGGGCCGCUCUUCCCUUUUCCUUGUUAACUCAUGGGCGUUCUUCGUCCUCAUGACCGUCGUGGCUCCUCUCUUUUCGCCACGGUGCCCCUUCAAAUUACCUCUACUCAAAGGUCUUACGAAGGGCCUGCGCAACUACGUUGUUCGUCCG